AUGGCGUCGAAGAAUGCGCUCAGUUUCGGCAAGUUUCAGUUCGAGAUCGGUGCGCGAACGAACGGGCGGCAUAUCCUUCGCUUCGACUUCCUCGUGUUGGAUGAGAAAAGCGAGGUCGUGCAGGAGUUUUCCACAGACGUCCCGAUGGAGGAGUCCACACGAUUGAGGAAGGAGAAGGACAAGACCGUGCAGGGGAGUUUCGAAGGCCUCCUGCCCGGGGAGCUCUACUCUAUGAAAGCCCGCGUUAUCAACGCAGUCGGGCCCUCCCAGUGGUCCCCAGAUGGAGCUCUAGUGCGCAUGCCCGCAGAUGUGCCCAAUGAGCCAGCGCCUCUGAGUUCGGAGCUGACAUCCUUGGAGUUCAUCGAAGUGAAAUGGAAGCCACCGAUUGAGAACGGCGCAGAGAUUGAGAAGUACGAGCUGAGGCUGGCAUUGCGACCAGAUGCCAUCGAGGAGGAAUGGAUUCUCAUCGACCCGGAAGACCUCAAGAGCAACACCAAGGUCUUCGCCAAUCCCUGA